AUGGCCUCCCUCCGUGCCAGCCCAUUCCCUCGAAGGGCUCUCGCUUCUUAUUUCCAAUCCGUUCGCCUCCAACCGACACCCCUCAACACAGCAACGCUCCUCCCGCGGAUCCAACCAACCCGCUCACCACGCACCUGCUCCUCCGCCUCCAUCCGCCCCUACCACUCAACCCUCCACCCCCGCCUACCAGAACACGAAUACACCAACAGCCAAACCGCAAUUCUCACCGCCGCCCUCCACCACAUCCCAGCCCACGGCUUCACUCUCGAAGCCCUCACCCUCGGCGCCCGCGACGCAGGCUUCCUCGAUGUUUCCGUGCAGCUCCUCCCCCGCGCCGAAUUCGACCUCAUCCUCUUCUGGCUCGCUAGUCGCCGGGGAAUCCUGCGCUCAAGGGUCGAAGAGGCUGCGCUGUUUACCAAGCGCGCGGCGGGAAGUGGACGCGAUCCUGCGUCAUUGUCCGUUGAGGAGAAGACCAAGAUCUUGAUUGCGGAGCGGUUGCGCAUGAACACAGAGAUUAAGGCACAUUGGCAGGAUGCCCUUGCCCAAAUGUCUCUUCUUGGAAAUAUCCCCAUCUCCCUGUCAGAACUUCAUGCCCUCUCGAACGACAUCCUUUCUCUCGCCGGUGAUUCCUCUGUCGAUGGAUCCUGGUAUACCCGACGCAUGGCUGUGUCAGCCAUCUACGCCAGCGCCGAGGUAGUCAUGACUCGCGACCCGACGCCAGAUCUGAGCGAGACGAUCGCAUUUGUGGAUCGCCGAUUUGAGGAUAAGCUUGUCUUGAAAGAAAAGUUUGAGGGAGUCGGUCAGUGUGUUUCCUUCUGGGGAAAUACGGCUGUUGGUGUUGGCAGGAGUUGGGGAAUGAAGAUUUGA